AUGGACUUGAAGGGAUCCUAUUGUUUCAUGAUACUCUUGAUAAUAUCAUCUUCGGAUGCCUUAAGAUUGAGCAAGAUUCCAGUCAAAUCCAUUAAGAGCGAAGAUGGUGAUGUGAUCGAUUGCGUGCAUAUCUCUCGUCAACCAGCAUUUGAUAAUCCCUUGCUUAAAAAUCAUGUUAUUCAGACGAGGCCGAAAUUUAGCCUAGAAGGGCUGCCUGCAAACAAAUUGUCCAACAGCAAGAAUUUACCAAUUGCUCAGUUAUGGCAAUUGAGCGGAAGCUGCCCAGAGGAAACCAUUCCCAUCAGAAGGACAAAAGAAGUGGACGUAUUGACCGCAAGCUCGAUCCACAGAAAUCUUCACAGUACUGUAGCACGUCAUCCAAAACAAAUUAGACAAGAAGGCAGACCGAAACUGCAGCUUGCAGCUGCACUUGUCGAAGGAGAAUAUUAUGGAGCAAAGGCAACCAUAAAUAUUUGGGGACCUCUAGUUCAACAAUCUAAUGAAUUGACCACUUCUCUGCUCUCGAUUUCAAGGGGUUCUUCUUUAUCAAACCUGAGCGACAUUGAAGUGGGUUGGCAAGUCAACCCAUCGUUAUAUAAUGAUAAUAGAACAAGGCUUUUCACCUUCUGGUGGAACCGGUUCAAGGGAUGCUACGACUUGCUAUGUUCAGGGUUUAUCCAAAUCACCAAUAAAAUUGCACUCGGAGGCGCCAUCUCCCCUCUAUCCAUCUACCAUGGCGACCAAUUUGACAUCGAUGUAUUUGUUUUGAAGGAUGCAUCUCAAGAUGUUUGGUGGCUACAAGUUGGCAAAGAAACACUUGGUUACUGGCCAACUUCCUUGCUUCCAAACCUAGCAAACAGUGCUUCAACGAUUUUAUGGGGUGGAAUAGUUUUUGACUCAGAGUCAGAUGGGCAACACACUACUACACAAAUGGGCAGUGGCCACCCUCCCGAAGAAGGGUUUGAAGGGGCAAGUUAUAUGAAGAAUCUUCAAGUAGUGGUUGAAUCUGACAAUUUAAGUCCCCUCAGUAACCCAGUCGCCAUCGCCCAGCAACCAAAUUGCUACAAUAUAACACUUGGAAAGAGCUCUUACUGGGGAGAUUACAUUUUCUAUGGAGGACCUGGGAGAAAUCCUAAUUGUCCAUGA